GCCGAGAUCGAAACUCCCAGGAACGGGACCACUUUGCCACCAAGCCCACCUCUCCUGCCUCCUUUGUAACGGGUCUCCUGUCAAUCCUGCCCACACCGUGUCAACUUAUUAGACCCCGCGAUCGCUCUCGUGCUCAAAUCCUGAAAUCGCUCUACAAAAAAAAAACCUACAAUUUAUCCGCUGUCUGCUGCCCUCCGUGAUCAUUCGGUCAGUAUCCUGCGGAGGCGCCGCUCCUGAUUUGCUGCGUUUAGCAUCCGGACAAAGUACCGGCCAGGCUAACUUUAAAUCAUUGAAUCAGAAUGUUGUCAAUGUCGGGUUUACCGCACCACUGUCGCCAGUAGUUUUACUCCCCGUCCGCGAUUUUACCUAUUUACCAGCUGGGUUCCGCUGCCCCUCCUCCCUGACCCUCAAUCACAGCAUCUUCUGCACACUACCCCGCCCCCGCAACCAGUGCUUAGACCUGGUUUCCACGCGACAGAAGGUUCCUAGGAUGUUACUAGACACGAUGGUCGGCCAAGAUCCGGCCACGAGCCCCAAAAUGGAAGAUCUCGCGAGCAUCAGCGAAAUCCCCGGCGAUGUGUCCGCUCCUCCCAAGGAGAUCCCCAAGAAAGAUGCCAAUACCCUGCCUAAUUCCGGCGCCGCGGUGCCUCCUCCCAAAACUGACAAGCCCCGGCCUCAUGUCUGCAACACGUGCAAUCGGUCCUUCGCUCGAUUGGAACACCUCAAGCGUCACGAGCGCUCGCAUACCAAGGAGAAGCCCUUUGAGUGCCCGGAGUGCGCGCGCUGUUUCGCUCGUCGCGACCUGCUACUCAGGCAUCAACAGAAGCUGCACAUGACCACAACGCCCUCGUCGCGUCCCAGAAAUGGCCGGCGGGAGAGCACGGGAAAUGCAGGCACUGGAGCGAACCGGGUUCGCAAGAACUCUAUCGCCAGCAGCUCCACCAUGCGCCCGCGCGCAAACACCAUCAGCCAUAUUGACGCAGCGGCUCUAGGAAUCAACUCCUCCAAUCCGUCUUCGGCUCCCGGCCAUCCCGGCCAUGUCUAUCAUGCGAGCAUUGCCACAUCGGUCGGUUCCAACCUGGACUUUGCCCGCGGAUAUGCCUCUGGUCACCACCCCUCCUUGAAUGGUCUCUCCAAUGGUCUACCCAAACUGGAAACAUCCGGGCUACCCAUGGACUUUGCUGGAGGCCUUCGGACUGCCCCGGUCUACGGCAGCUUUGACAUCAAUAUCCCGGACAUGUUCAUGGGUCAUAGUACCAUCGAUCCCUCACAGCUCCAUUUCGGGGGCUCCCCGCAGCAGUAUGGGAAUGAUUCACCCUCAUCCCCAUACACCCAUGGUGCGCAUCAUGUGCCCUCCACUGAUGCAAUGAUGGAGGAUGACUUCAGUUUCGAUUGGAUGAAUAACUUUGACCCUGCCCUGCCGCUGGGCAAAGGCAAUGAUUCCGCAAUUGACGAGUCGUCUCCCUCAGCCAUGAGCACAGGCAGCCAGAGUGGGAUCAGCGAAGCGAUGAUGGAUGGCUCAAACCGCUAUUCCUCCAUCUCCUCGGCUAGCUGGCACAACCCGUUUCCCCAUAACGCGGCGGCCUCGAACCAGUACCCCAUCGAUUACACAUCUUCCAGCUUUAAUGAUAUAGGAAUCUCGCCGGAGACGGUUUCCCCCAAGUCUUUGAUGGCCCAGAACCCGUUUGCGGAGACCUAUGCCACCCCCCCAUCCAUGACUUCCGUGGGUCAGCCCAUAAUGGGUGGACAUUCGCAUAGUAUGUUUUCAUCCUCUAUGGCAACAAACGGAGAAUCUCCUAAUCCUCUCAACCUGCCUUUCACGAAUAGUGCCCUACGAACUUACCAUUCCCCAAGCUCCACGGAUACCUUUACAGACUCCACACGACAGGCUUUAUUAGCCAGUAUGGCGCGCCCUACCAGUCUCAAUCACCGCAAGUACUCACAGCCGGCCAGCGGCAUGAUCCAAUGCCGUGACCUGUUCUCCCGUUCGUCCAGCUUCAGCAGCUCCGGUCAACUCCCCAGCACCUCGGACAUGCAGCGUUACAUCUCGGCCUACAUCACCUACUUUCACCCACACAUGCCCUUUCUCCAUAUCCCGACCCUUGACUUCCAAGCACCCGAAUAUACCAACAACCUCCGGACUCCUAGCGGCCAUCUCAACCUGAGCUCCACUGGCGUGGCUGGAGGUGGUGGCUCCCUGAUCCUCUCCAUGGCUGCGAUUGGAGCGCUUUACGAAUUCGACACCGCCGGUUCCAAGGACCUCUUCGAAGCUGCCAAGAAAAUGAUUCAACUCUAUCUCGAGGAACGCCGGAAAGCCGAUCUGUCUACUGCUUUUGGCCGAGGGAGUCAAGCGCGCGAUACCUCGAUACACAACACUCCGCUGUGGCUGGUACAAGCAAUGCUUCUCAACGUUAUCUACGGACAUAGCUGUGGUGACAAGACCUCCGCUGACAUUGCGAGUACCCACUGUGCAGCGUUGGUGAGCCUUGCACGAGCGGCUGAAUUGACCCAUCAUCUGGAUGCGAGGGAUCUUUGCCAGGACUAUCUUACCGCCGGGCUCAGCAAAGACUCUGCCAAUUGGAGCCAAGUACCAUCUGGACAGUCUAAAGAGCGAAAGGAGUGGCUGGACUGGAAGAUCGUGGAGGAGCGGAAGCGCACGCUGUACGCGAUCUUCGCUCUGUCGUGCUUUCUCGUCUCUGCCUACAACCACGCACCUGCUCUUACCAACUCGGAGAUCCGCCUGGAUCUGCCCUGCGAAGAGGAGCUGUGGGCGGCAGAGUCUCCCCAGGCUUGGAAGGAAAUGGGUGGCCAGCCGUCCCCGAAGAAGGGACUUUCCUUCUCCUCGGCCUUGACUACCUUGUUAACUGCCAGCCAACGCGAACAGCAGCCGUCUCCGUCGAGGUCAUCGGGUAAUAAUACUCCUUCAGGUGAUCCAUCCAGUCCCGAGUUAAAGCUUAGUACCUUCGGAUGCUUGAUCCUGAUAUAUGCUCUCCAUAACUACAUUUGGGAAACUCGCCAACGGCACAUAGGUCGACAGUGGACGUCUCGGGAAACCGAGGCUAUGCAGGCUCAUAUUGAGCCUGCACUGAGGGCCUGGCAGUCCGCUUGGGCCAGCAACCCCGUCCACAGCCUGGAACGUCCCAAUCCCUUUGGUGCAGGGCCCCUGUCGGCUGACAGCAUUCCACUGUUAGAUCUCGCAUAUGUAAGGUUGUUUGUUAACCUUGGACGAUGCAAGGAGGCAUUCUGGCAGCGCGAUUGGAAUGCUAUGUCCGACGAGCUUGCCCGCGGAACAGAGAUCGUUCACCCCAUGGAUGACAUUCCGACCGAUGUGCUGGACCCAUCGAUCACGGAAGGUCCGAAUCAGACUGACAACCGGCGCGAUUCAGUCGCCGAUCUAGGAGUGGGCGAUCUUGCCAUUUCCAGCACCCCCACCCAGGACCAGCCCAUGCAGACUCUCAUGGGGGUGUAUCGGCCCGGUCAGUCCAAACGCGAAAAGCAUCUCCGCAAAGCAGCAUUCUACGCCGCGGACUCAAUCUCCAUGUCCGACCAACUCGGAAACACCUUCGCCGAGUUUACCUGCCGGGAGCUGCCCAUCCAAUGUGCCAUGUGUACAUUUGAUUGUGCUCAAGUCCUGGCGGAAUGGAUCACCACGGUCCAAGAGCGCGUGGGCCCCUAUUUGGGCGUCCUUGGUCGGGAUGAUAUCGACCUUGCGCAAGCUACUAGCAUUAUGCUGCUGGAGGAAGAGGACUGCAAGCUGCUGGGAAAAAUUCAGGAGAUUCUCACGAGUGUCGAAACUAAGAUGAAGAAGGAGGUCCAGAGCGGCGCAACCAUCUCCGCGCUAAGCGUCCUCCAACGUCUGCCUAGUGUGGUUGAAGGAGGUUACGGCUGCAAGAUUCUGGUUUCCACUGCCAGCCUUCUCGAUCGGGCUGCUGUGUGGCCGGUCACAAAGUUGAUGGCGCGAUCUCUCGAGUCGCAGGCUAUGCGGUUGAAGGAGCGUGCUGAAGGCUCCUCGAUUGGACCCAGCUAGUUCUGUCUAUGCCCUGUUACAGACCGAUAUUCGCCGAGUCCUGCUGAAAAUGCUAUCUGUAUGCGGAGAUCGCUUCAACGCGUUGGGCAUCAACGGCUGCCUGCUCCAGUCGACUGCUGUCUUCA